AUGCAGCAAGAGCUCGACCAGGACGGUCACCAGCAGGAAGAGCUAGAUCAGAACGGUCACCAGCAGGAAGAGCUUUAUCAGAACGGUCACCAGCAGGAAGAGCUAGAUCAGAACGGUCACCAGCAUGAAGAGCUAGAUCAGGACGGUCACCAGCAGAAAGAGCUAGAUCAGGACGGUCACCAGCAGGAAGAGCUAGAUCAGGACGGUCACCAGCAGAAAGAGCUAGAUCAGGACGUUCACCAGCAGGAAGAGCUAGAUCAGAACGAUCACCAGCAGGAAGAGCUAGAUCAGAACGGUCACCAGCAGGAAGAGCUAGAUCCGAACGGUCACCAGCAGGAAGAGCUAGAUCAGGACGGUCACCAGCAGGAAGAGCUAGAUCAGGACGGUCACCAGCAGGAAGAGCUAGAUCAGAACGGUCACAGCAGGAAGAGCUAG